AUGGAUGAUGGAGCAGUGCCCACGCCCUUUAUCCCCUGCCCUUUAUCCCCACGUCUCCGUCCCCAUCUGGAGCUCCCUGAGGGACAGAAGCUGUGUUUGGAGCUGUUCCCUGCAGUGCCCCCUGGUGACCUCUCCUACCGCAGCCUCCUCCUGACCAACAAGGGCUCCCUGCUGCUGACCUUCACCUUGGCCUCCCAGAGCAGCUCAGACAUCUUCCUGCGCCCCAGCUCAGGCCUUGUGGCCCCAGGGGCCCAUCAGAUCCUGAUUGUCAGCACCUACCCCAAGGGCACUGCCUGGAAGCAGCACUCUCUCUACCUGCAGUUCAACCUUUGUCCCCAGUAUCUCAAGAAGGUGAUCCUGCAGAGCCGUGAGGAGCCACUGCAGCUGCAGCUGGACACGUGCAAAAAUAUCUUCUUCAAGCCCACCUGGGUGGGCUGCUCCUCCACCAGCGUCUCCACCCUGAGCAACCCCUCUCGCCUACCCUUGGACUUCGAGUGGAGGGUGUCCGAGCAGCACCGGAAGCUGCUAGCAGUCCAGCCCGCCAGGGGGCGCAUCCAGCCCAACGAGAACCUCACGCUGACCUGGACCUUCAGCCCUUUGGAGGAGACCAAGUACCUGUUCCAUGUGGGAGCCUGGGUCUGGGACGGGGGCCUGCCUCCCCAAGUCAAGCCCCCUGCCACCACCCACUACAAGCUCCGGCUGGUGGGCCUGGGCAUCAGCAGUAGCCUCUCUACCAAGGAGAAGGAGCUCGACUUCGGAAACGUGCUGGUGAACAGCCAGGAGACCAGAAGCCUGGUGCUUCAGAACGAUGGCAACUGCGUCCUCUACUACCGCCUUUCGCUGGACGCCGAGGGCAGCUGCAAUGAGUCCCAGGCCCUGAAACUGGAUCGGACAGAAGGGAGCAUGCCACCUCGAUCUCAGGACACCAUCUAUGUGACUGCCUGUCCCCUGUGCCGAGCGCGGUUCACCUGGACCAUCAGCUACUCUCUCAUUUCCCCCAGAGAUAACAAGGUUGGGGCCAAGCAGGAGCUGUGCCGUGUCCUCCUGGUGGCUGUGUACCCCCUCCUCUCUGUCCUGGACAUCUGUGCCAUGGGCAGCGCUCAGGGCAUCACCCGGAAGCAGCUGUGGCGCCUCUUCUCCCUGGACCUGCUCAACAGCUACCUGGAGCGUGGCCCUACCCCUGGGGAGCUCACCUACAAGGUCCCCACGCGGAACAGGGCCUUUCUCUUUCCUAGUGACCAGCAGAUCCACAUGGAGCUGUGGGCAGAGCAGAUGGAGCUGGACCCCACCGAGCUGCACCAGAUGCGUGCACAGGAUAAUCGCAUAUUCUCCAUCCACCCAAAGGAGGGGAAACUGAGUCCUGGACAGGAGCAGGUGGUAGAGCUCAAAUACAGACACCUGUUUGUGGGCACUGAUCGCCUCCCUGUGCUCCUGAAGGUGUCCCAUGGCCGGGAGAUUCUGCUGAAUUUCAUAGGCGUGACGGUGAAGCUAGAGCAGAAGUACGUGCACUUUAUCUCCACCAGCCACCAGUUCAUCCCUGUCCCCAUUGGGAACAAGCUGCCCCCAAGGCAGGUCUAUGAGCUGUACAACGGCGGCUCCGUGCCUGUGACAUAUAAGAUCCAGACCAGCAUCCUAUCCCAGGUCCAGGAAAAGAAUUUUGACCACCCCGUCUUCACCUGCCUCAACCCCUAUGGAGAGAUCCCACCAGGCACCACCGCCCCGGUCCUGUGGAUCUUCUCGCCCAUCGAGGCCAGAACCUACACAGUGGACGUGCCCAUCCACAUCGUGGGCUGGAACUCUGCCAUCAUCCGCUUCCAGGGGGUAGGCUACGACCCCCACAUGAUGGGGGAUACCGCCUUCUUCCACAACAUCUCCUCCCUGGACAGCAGCUCCACACAUUCAAGGCUGACGGUUCCCGGGCAGACUGUCUUCCUGUCCCAGUCGAACAUCUCCCUGGGAAACAUCCCUGUGCAGAGCAAGUGCAGCCGCCUGCUCUUCUUCAACAAUGUCUCCAAGAAGGAGACCAUCUUCUUUGUCUGGAAGCUGAAGCCUGUGUACUUGGGGGAGGUGUCCAUAAGUCCCAUAACUGGGAAGGUGGCUCCUGGGGAGACGCUCCCCAUUGUGGUGACCUUGAAGGCCUCAGUACAUGCCAGCUUCUACAGCCUGGAGUUUAUAUGCAAGGUGUACCAGCUGGAGCUCCUGCAACAGUUCCAACAGGAACUGCAGAAGUGGAAUGAGGAAAAGGCAAGGCAGGAAGUGGAAUUCACCAUCACAGACAAGAAGGUCAAGAAAAGGAUGACCUGUACAGCCUGUGAGCCCGUGAGGAGGUACAAGACGCUGCCCCCCAUCAAGAACCAGGAGCCCAUCAAUCGACCAGCCAGCUGGAAUGCCCAGAAUGCCCAGGAGGAGGCGGUCUGGCCGUGCCCAAACCCCCCAAAGCCGGCCAUGCUCUGCCUGAGCCUCACUGCCCGCACCCACCCCAUCGACUACUUUCUGGCCAGCUUCUCCGACUUCCCCUGCUACUUCCUGCACCAGGAGCUGCCCCUGAGGAAGACCUCCGGGGAGGAGCCAGACGGUUUCGUGGACAACUCCACAGUCAGCUGGGUGCCCGUAUCCCGGCAGGAGAAGCAGGUCCUGGUUGACUGUCUCACCACCAUCAUCAGGAGCCUGUUGGAAGACAGGACCUUCCACGAAGCCAUGGGCCAGAGCCUGGUAGAGCAGAUACCCUACUUUUCCCAGUUCUGGAAUGAGGAGGUACCCAACAUCAAGACCCAGAACUUAUUCUUUGGGGCACCCCACUACUCGACCUCCUCCAGCUGUGAGUACAGGAUCGGCCUGGAGAGGCAGGAGAGGAAGCACAGGAAGGAAGGGCUGGAGUUGCUGAAGGAAGAAGAGGAAGAGGAGGAGGAAGAGGAGGAGGAGGAAGAGGAAGAGGAGGAGGAGGAGCUGCAAGAGGAGGAGGCAGAAGAGGGGGAGGACCAGCAGUCCUUGCCUGAGGGUGACUUGCUGCAGCCCAGACCCCAGGACUCUCUGCGGUGGCAGCAGCAGCUCAAGGUGAUGGUGAAGGAACAGCAAGAGAAACAGGAGAAGGAGGCCAUCAGGCGGCUCCCCAGCUUCACUAGCCUGCAGGAAGCGCUGCUGGAGAACAUGCUGCAGAACAUCCUGGUGGAGGCCAGCCGAGGAGAGGUGGUACUCACCUCGAGGCCGCGCGUCAUCGCUCUGCCGCCGCAGGGCCACGCCAGAAACACUGACCAGCUCCUGACGGUGCCGCUCGGCUCACAACCCUUGGAGGGGCCCUAUCCAUGGCAACAGGCGUCCUCCGAGGAGUAUGUGGAUUUCGGCGCACAGCCCUAGCUCCUCCAGGCCCCUCCACUGCCCCGCCAGUAAAGCACCUAGGCUUUGCUUUUCUUU